AUGGACGCCGCCGAGCAGCUGCCAGCGCCGGCCGCGCCGCCGACGCGCGCGCUGGUGCACGCGCAGCCGCCGGUCCACCCCUGGUCGACGGGCCUGUUCGACUGCGCCGAGGACCCCGGGAACUGCUGGAUGACGUGCUUCUGCCCGUGCGUCACCUUCGGGCUGGUGGCGGAGAUCGUGGACCGCGGCUCCCUCUCCAGCGGCGCGAGCGCUGCGCUGUACAUGCUGAUCGGGAUGGUCACCUCCUGGUGGUUCCCGCCCGUCUACACCUGCUUCUACCGCACCAAGAUGCGCGCGCAGUACGGCCUCCAGGAGGCCCCCUACCCGGACCUCUGCGUCCACUGCUUCUGCGAGUUCUGCGCCCUCUGCCAGGAGUACCGCGAGCUCCACAACCGCGGCUUCGUCAUGGACAUCGGAUGGCACGCCAACAUGGAGCUGCAGCAGCGCGGCGGCGUGGCGGCGACCGUGCCGCCCGCCAUGCACGUAGAUGGGAUGACGCGCUGAUCGUGACGAGCUAGCUUAGCCACCUAGCUGUUGGAUCGAAAUCUAUAUACCUUCCAUCUCGAUCCAUGAUGCGAGAGGGGUAGUUCAUCUUAUUAGGACAAGAGAUCAAGCUCUCUGGUGACGGGGUGUGGUAUCUUCUCGGUUCUUAGAUCGUUGGGCAAGGCGGCUGGCAAUGCCUUCUCCGACGCUGUUUCUAUCUUCUCCGACAGGUGUUCGAGCUUGAAGGGCGGCCCCAUCUUCAAGGGGUGCUUCUUUUCCUAUCAGUGUAGGUGGGUUUGUGUUGUAAGCUGUUUUUCUCAACACCUUUGUAUCUUUUGGGCCGUUGCCUUUUUUGUUGCUUUAAUUUGUCAGUCUAGUUGUUUCGUUGUGCUAAUGUGCUUGUUGGGUUGCAUGCCGGAUGCGGUUGAUGGUUUUGUUAAUCCAAAGUUGGGCUCGUCUCGAGCCUCAUUUCUUAGAGAAACUAAUCAAAGACUAAGUUGAGCUUGUUGGUUGUA